AUGCGAACCGUUCAUUUCAUCUUGCUUUUAAUUCUAGUCGUCUACGACUGCAUCCAGCCGACGCAUCAGGGACCGGUGCAGACAGCUAAAGAACGCGACCUGAAACAAGAACAGGAUGUGUCAGACUAUUCCUUAGGAAAAGAUGUUGGAGACAGUCACGAAAAAUACCAAGGAGAAACUCGUUCGUCAGAAGAAUCUGAUGCGACAAGCAGCCAAGUAGAGGAUCGUCUCACCGCAGAAGAUGAAAAAUUGACUUCCAGAGGAAACUCUAAAAAUGUCGACGAGAGUAGGAAGGGAUACUAUAAGGACAAUGAAAACGUAGACCAGCAAGAAGAUGACGAUGAUAGCUACGAAAAACGGCAAGUUAAAGUACACUCAAAGAAGGAAAGAGCUGCAAAGUCGCAAAUGACGGAUGCUAUGAAGAAGUCGAAGAGACAUCAGUGGUCAGAGGAUUCCGAAGAAGACAACCGAGACGAAAGACACAAUCAAAAACAAGACGUCUACGAGAGAAACAACAACGAACAAGGACGGUACAAUGCCAGGAAGAGCAACAACGAGGAAGAAUACGCUGCUGAACAACAAGGACUUAAGCAUUCAAUGCCCCAGAGGAAUUUAAAUUCGCGUUAUUCAGAAAUGAGAACAAUGCUGAAGCUCUCCCAGCAACGUCCGGGUUCCCAAGCUGACACCCCGAAUAAUCAACACCAUAACACAGAAGAAGAACGCUGGGAUGUAGCAGAACCUUCCACCUCAUCAAAUCGAAAGAACAGGAAAGCCUCAGAAUCUCAAGUCUACUCCAACGUCAAUGAUUCUCCUGCUUUGCCUGACAACGAUGACGAUUAUUUCUCCAGAAUUCUAUCGCCAGUAAGUGCGCGCAGAAUGUUCCAGGAAAACGAUGACGAUGAAGAUAGUGACGAAGAUAGCACGAAUCCUGAAUCAUCUCAAUCAAAAAUCAAAAAUCGUAAAUAUGGUCCGAAGAUGUCCCAGGACAGUGACGAUUAUGACGACGAAGAUCCGUUCCUGAUAGUUCCAUCUAGAAUUGCAAAACGUGGCAUGUUCCUAGGGAAGAAGAUUCAUGAAAAGAAAGACGAACUAAAACAUUCCAAAUGGUCUAAAACUUGGGGAUUACACCAUAAUCAACAUCAAAACAAAAAACAUGAUCAACACCAUGGCCUAUUUCAUAACCGUCACCCAGGUGCAGGUCAUUAUCAACACCAUCAACAAAAGUGGAGCAAAGUCAAAACCGAACACCCACAUCCAUUGACCAAAAACGGGAAAACACUCUUUGCUCGUCAGGUGGAUAGUGAUGAAACCCAAGUUUCCGUCCCGGAAGACUACUCCAUUGGAGGAGGAAUGAGUGCUGAAAUCAACAAUCCUUCCUACUACGUUAAGGAAGACCGAGAAACUGAAGCAGCAGAUGACCGUAAAAAUCGCAAGGAAUCAAUGACUUUGCAACAGGAUGAUCAGCCCUCCAGAAUGUCUAAUCGGAUCCUUCGCGAAUCAACUAAGAUCGGACAAAAUUCUCGCGGCAUCUACUGGUAA